AUGACAGUUCAAACAAACAUCGAUUUAGGAUUUCCUAUGUGUUUGUUUUCACUUGGUUGUGAGCCAAAGCCCAAGAAAAGUAUUAACUAUCACAGCAAAACUGAGUUUCUAGAAGACGUUGAAAUUGCUGUUGGAGAAGAAGUGUGGAAAAAAAUCCGUAAUUCUCCUCUUGGGAUAAUUGUACGGUUUGUUGAUAAUAAGUUCACAUGGUCUUCCAAGGUUGUUGAAUAUCUUCUUGCAAAGCAACUUGUUUGUAAGAAGAAAUACGAAAUUUGGUGUUUGUUUGGUGAAGAACCAACUAGAUUCUCUCUAUCAGAGUUCGCUGACAUAACGACUUUGAAUUGUGCUCCUUUUCCAGAUGAUUGUAAGGGGUAUGAAGAGACAAAACUGCAUAAAGAUAUGUGGAAAAAGUUGAAAAUCAAAGGGAAGAUGAAUCCUUGCAGAAGCGAUUUGAGAAAGGUGUGUGCAGAUGUUGCUACAUGGUUACCAGACGACAAGACUAGAUUUGCGUACUUGUCUAUAGUAUCUGUCAUCUUAGGUUAUGAUGAUAAGAAACGACUCAGUUCUGAAAUAUCUCGCAUGGUUUUUGAUUUACCAAAGUUUGAAAACUAUCCUUGGGGCAGACUGGUUUUCAAGCAGCUAAUUGAGUCUGUGAAGCGUAUAGAUUAUAAGGCACAAUCGUACACAAUACACGGGUUUAUACAAGCACUCCAAAUAUGGGCUUACACUGUUGUCCCCGCUCUCGGAGCAAAGAUCGGCCGUCCAUCAAAUGUUAAUGGUCCCCCUCUUCUGAAGUUCAAAGGUGCAAAGGGCAAAAGUAAUAUUGAUAUACAUUCCACCGUAGUUGAAGAUGAGCUUAACAUAAAAAAAUUUGUAAUUAAUGCUUCGACAUCCGCUGUUUGGGAGGAUAACAUUGUUGACAAGGAGAUUCAUGCUCUAGUCGACGCUAUAUGCAAGGAAGGAGGUUUAGGAGCUGUUACUUGGGUGAAAGAUGGUUUAAACAACAUCCAAUUGGAAAAGAGCAUAGAGGGAGAAUUAGGUGUAAAGGGUGAAGAGGAUAAAACAGAAGACGAGGAUACAAAGAUAUCACGAAAACGCAAAAGAGAAGUGAAUACAAUGGGUAAAAGGGAAAUAGAAACAUUGGAUUCAAAAGCAUCACUGGUUUCUUUUAGUGAGAUAGUUGAAGCGCUGAAGUUGAGGGUCGAGCAAGACGCAAAAAAGUUGGAGGUGUUUGAGGCUCAAUUAGAGGCUAUGAAAAAUCAGGUACAAUGCAUCGAAUUGUUAAGCUUAAGAGUUGAACUUCUCGAGAAAGAAGUGAUGUUACUAAGUGAGAAGAUAAAGACUAAUGAGGUUUUAAAACCAUACCAGCUGAAAGAUUAUAGUGACGUUGAAAUGCAUUUGGAUGAGUUGCAUGCUAACCUAAAUGCAGUAAAUGAUACAAGACAAAAGACUCUUGAUUCAGAUGGAGAGAGUACAGUGGAUGGAAGAAACCCCGUGGCAACAACUUAUAAUGAACAACCGCAAGAAUCUUCGCCUAUAAAGAUGUUUCAACCCACUACCUCUAAUGUUGAGAAAUUCAAGCAGAAGAAAAUCAUGAAGACAAUCAAAAUUAUGGAAACAGAUCAUGAACCAAUAAUUACACGAGAUAAGAGCCAAAGGGAGACAAAACUGGGGCCAUCUUUGCGAACACCAUAUCGGGGAACUAAACCAGCUAUAGGUAUGACACCCAUAAUCAACCAGUCAAUGGCAAUUGUUGGACGUGGAUAUGAUCCAUUCGCACCGGUGGAUGAGCAAAAAGUUAAGGUUUUAAACGAUUGGUUACAAUUGGAUGAAGAAUAUCCAAUUGGCUCCCAACAAAAUGGCGUCGAGUUUUUUAAUAUUCUUAGAACUCCUCAAAAGUGGCUAAAUGAAGAGCAUAUUAAUAGCUGUAUGGAUUUGCUACGCUUGAGAUUUAUGAAGAAUCAAAAAGCAUUCAGAAGUGAGAGGAUUGCUUUUGCAGAUGCUUAUUUCACCUCACUUUGGUCCAACGGUUACCAAGAAUUUCUGGGGUCAAAAGAACUACCUAUUUUCCCUAACGGAGCAUUUGAAUACGUUACCGGGGAACUACCAGCAUUUGCUAAAACAGGAAAGAAGUGGAGGAUAGAUGUGGACGACAUUUAUGGCGUUCUCCAUGUCAAUAAAAACCACUGGGUAGGACUAUUCAUUUCUAUCCCUAAUCGUUCUAUUGAUGUGCUUGAUUGUGGGUGGAAAUAUAACAAGAAUGAAGACAUUGUCAAAGCCGUGAAGCCGAUAGCUCAUAUGUUACCACAUUUACUUCGAGCUGGAGCACCACCAUACGAAAAGACAAAACUUAGUGUCGAACAAUACAAAAUUCGAAGGCCACGAACCAAGAUUCCCCAAAUGCAAAAAGCAGGUGAUUGUGGAAUUUAUGCUAUAAAGUUUGUCGAAUGCCAUGCAUUAGAUUUUGAGUUUACUACGUCUUUGUCCGAUGUCAACAUCAAGAUGAUUAGAGAGAAACUUGCAGCUGAGAUUUUUGACGAGACAGAGCAACAUGGGCGAACAAUCUCUAACCCAUUGCCAUUUGGAACAAAUGAUCGAGAGUUACUAAAUCCCUAUUGAAUUUGCUUUUAAUUAGAACAUUCUUUGCUGUU